AUGCAGCAGCCGGCCAUGCCGCCGCCAUUCUCGCCUGCCGCGGGGACGGCCGCCGCGGCGGGCCAGCAAGCCACGCCCAUCAGCAGCCGCCCGCCGCCGGAGCCACAGCAGCAGCAAGUCGACGAGGUCGGCGGCUCGGCUUCCGCCGGCAGCAGCUUCGUCGUUGACCACGACGGCGAGCGCAACGGGCCGUCCGGCGGCAACCGGUGGCCGCGGCAGGAGACGCUGGCGCUGCUCAAGAUCCGCUCCGAGAUGGACGCCGCGUUCCGGGAGGCCGCCCUCAAGGGACCCCUCUGGGAGCAAGUCGCCAGGAAGCUGGAGGCUAUGGGCUACAAGCGCAGCGCCAAGAAGUGCCGCGAGAAGUUCGAGAACGUCGACAAGUACUACAAGCGCACCAAAGACGGCCGCGCCGGCCGCGGCGACGGCAAGGCCUACCGCUUCUUCUCCGAGCUCGAGGCCCUCCACGGCGCCUCCUCGCCGGCGGCGCCGCACCCGCCGGUGGCGGUGUCUCUCGCGCCGACGCCUGUGGCCAUGGCGCCACCACCACCGGCCACGUCCCAUCCCGGCAUGGCGCCGGCCGCCUUGCAUGCCGAGCCACCGCCACCGACUCCGCCGGCGCCUCGUGUCGUUGCCGCCGUGCCGCAGCCGGCUCCGACGACGGGGACUGGCAGUGCCACUGCUACUACCGCGCAUCCUGCAGGCGCCGCCAGCGACGCGGCGGCGGCAUGCAUGAUGACGCCUGGUGACGUCAGCUUCUCCUCGGGCUCGGACGGGGAGGACACGGAGGAAACCGGCGGCGGAGGCGACGGCGGGAAGCGGAAGCGGGACGACGGGGACGGUGACGGCAGCAAGAUGAUGCGGUUCUUCGAGGGGAUGAUGCGGCAGGUGAUGGAGCGGCAGGAGGAGAUGCAGCGGCGAUUCAUCGAGGCCAUCGAGCGGCGGGAGCAGGACCGGAUGAUCCGCGAGGAGGCGUGGCGGCGGCAGGAGGUGGCGCGCCUCGCCCGCGAGCAGGACGCGCUCGCCCAGGAACGCGCCAUGGCCGCGUCACGCGACGCCGCCGUCGUCUCCUUCAUACAGCGGGUCACCGGGCAGACCAUCCCGAUGCCCAUGCCCUCGUCCGUCGCGCCUCCGCCGGCCUUCAUCACCGCGCUGACGCAUAAGCCGCCGCCCUUGCAGCCCACGCCGGUGGCUUCCGCUGCACCGGCGCCAGCCCCGGCGCAGCCACCUCCGCCUCCAGCUCAUCAGCUGUCACCCACCACACCGAAACCGCACACAACAAUGCCGAUGACGGCACAGCUACAGCCACAUCAGGCGCCGUCGCCGGCGACGCAUCCACAGGGCAAUAAGGAGAUCGUGGUCCGUGCGCCGCCACCGGCGGAGUCGCAGGACACGGCGUGGUCCGGUGGCGGCGCCCCGUCGCCGUCGAGGUGGCCCAAGGCGGAGGUGCACGCGCUGAUACAGCUGCGCACGGAGCUGGAGACGCGGUACCAGGACUCCGGGCCCAAGGGCCCGCUGUGGGAGGAUAUCUCGUCGGGGAUGCGGCGGCUCGGGUACAACCGGAGCGCCAAGCGCUGCAAGGAGAAGUGGGAGAACAUCAACAAGUACUUCAAGAAGGUGAAGGAGAGCAACAAGAAGAGGCCCGAGGACUCCAAGACCUGCCCCUACUACCACCAGCUCGACGCGCUCUACCGCAGCAAGGCGCUCGCGUCGUUGUCGUCCGGCGCAGCUCCGGCGGCGGCGCCGCCGCGCCCGGAUCAGCAGGCUGCUGCGGCGCCCGUCACCGUGCUAACCGCGGUGCCGCUGUCCCAGACGGCGCCUCACGGCAACGGCAACGGGUGCGCGAGCAGGGGCAGCUCGGACAAUGGCGGCGGCAGCUCCGGGGGCAUGCAGAAGCAGCAGGCGAGCAACGGCGGUGGUGUUGACGCCAGGUUCUCCGCCGUCGAUGGCGCCGGUGGCAAUGGCGUUGUUGCGACGGACAAGCGAGAAGAAGGCAUCGUCAUGACGAAGGAGACGACGGCGGCGGAGGAGACGAGGCCGCAGCCGGUGUCGAUGAACGACAGCUACGUGAACGACGACGCCGUGGACAGCGACAGCAGCAUGGACGACGACGAUGAAAAGGAUGACUUUGACGACGAGGAGGAGGAGGGCGACGUUCGCGGCGGCGGCAACAGCAAAACGCAGUACGAGAUCCAGUUCCAGCGGCAGCAGCAUCAGCAGCAGAACAACCAGAGCGGCGGCGCCGGCGCCGGCCCGGCAGCGACAGCAAGUGGGUCUUUCUUGACCAUGGUUCAUCACUAG